AUUGAAGUUUGUGUUGACGCUUCAAGACAAUCUUUCCCUUUCUGAACAACAGCUGUCGAUGGACAACACAGAACCAACCCGAACCUGUGAAACAUGCCACAAAGAGGUGGCAGAGGCCAACUUCCCUCUGCAUGAGAGCCACUGCAAACGAUUUUUGAGUGUCUGUCCUGACUGUGAUGAAGCUGUCCCCAAAGACCAGCUGAGCCAGCACAGAGAGGAGCAGCACACCCAGGUGAAAUGCUCCAAGUGCAACAAGAAGAUUGAACGGUGUCACCUCGAGGAUCAUGAAGCAGAGGAGUGUCUGGAGCGACUGCAGAAGUGUAUGUUCUGUGAACUGGAGGUGCCGUGGAAGCAGCUGGAGGAGCACACUGUGAUGUGUGGGAGUCGCACAGAGCUCUGCCAGGACUGCGGUCGCUAUGUCAAACUGAGUGACCAGUCAGAGCACAGUUCAACCUGCUCAGCUGCCGAUGGAGAGGACUCGACUCAAACUCAAACUCAAACUCAAACAGAGAACAGAGUGAGCUGCAGUAACUUUGGGAGAUCAUUUCUAGAAAAAGAAAUAGACCAUCAUGAGGUGAGGUGUUAUCAAGAAUCAAAGCUGCUCUAUGAAGAGGUUGACAACAAAGAAGAAAAGUGGGAGGAUAAAGACGACUUAUUCAAGCAGCAGAGUCAAGACCAGCUGAGAAGUGCUUAUAAAUCCACUUCCCAGUCACAUGAAGGGACACGGGGUCCGUGGGUCAGUGGAGACCAGGACCAGAUCAGCACCUGUCCACAUUGUCAUCUGGCCCUGCCGGUCUCAACACUGAAAUGGCAUGAGGCAAAAUGCAGAGUCCAUGCUGUCUUGAAAGACAGAGAGGGCUAAGGACGGAGACAAGUUUUUUGAACGGAUCACCUGAGAGUAAUGAUCAGCAUCCAUUGUCUCAACUGCGUGUGUGUUUACAUUUUUUUUGUUUAGUCAUUUUUAUUUUUAGCUGAAUCAUCUUUUGAAAGUGGAGUAUUGUAUAUUUUCAAGCCAUAUGAGUGUCAAUGGUGUGUCAUAAAGACAUCAGCUUUCCUCUUGUUUAAACUCUUGUCAUUUGAAGGAAAGUGUGAAUUCAUCCCGGCAGAAGAAACACUAUUUGGUUUCAUGAUAUAUUUUGUUAUGAAUAUGAAAUUACAAAUAAAAUCAUCCAUUAUUGUGAAUUUUGUGUACUUUCAUUAUGUAGUUUAAUAAAAUAUUGUCUUUAAA